AUGUCUCCCCCUUUCCCAUCUCUCACAAAAACCUGGCACGACAACACUUAUGCGUCGCUGUCCCCGACUCUCCCACACCUCUCCCAAGCCGCCAAAACAAUCCUCAUUACCGGCGGCGGCAGCGGCAUCGGCGCUGAAACAGCCCGUACCUUUGCAGCCGCCGGCGCAGCCUACAUCGCUCUCCUCGGCCGCCGCGAAGGUCCCCUCUCCGAAACAAAGACGUCUAUCGAAACCGAAUUCCCCGGAACGAAAGUCUUCACGGCGCCGACGGACGUCACCGUCGAGACGGAAGUGAACGAGGCCUUUCGCGCUUUCGUCGAGUUCACGGGCGGAAGGGCGAUUGAUGUUCUUGUUGCCUGCGCGGCGGUCAUCGGGCCGCAGGGAGACAUUGCGGAUCUUGCAAGUGAGCCGUUUCUCGAGUCGAUUCAGAAGAAUCUGAAGGGGGCGAUAUAUACGGGACAGGCGUUUCUCAAGUACAAAUCCGACGAGGAAACGGUGGUCGUCGAGAUUAAUUCGAGCGCGGCACAUGUGAAUUUUGCUCCGGGCUUCGCGGGAUACAGUAUCUCGAAAUGGGCUGUUUUCCGGUUCUGGGACUCUCUGGGUUUCGAGAGUAAGUUUGGUGCAAAGGGGAAGGUCAGGGUUUACCAUGUCCAGCCUGGCGUUGUCGAUACGGAUAUGAACCGUGAGGCGGGAGGGGUCAAGGCUAUGGGGUAUGAAGAUCAUGUUUCUCUUCCCGCCGGAUUCAGCCUGUGGCUCACGAGUCCCGAGGCGAGGUUCCUGGACGGCAAGUUCCUAUGGGCGAACUGGGAUGUCGAUGAGCUUGUGGCGCGCAAGGAGGAGAUUGAAAGGGGGGGCUUACUGGAUCUGCAGCUAGUUGGAUGGCCAUUUGGGGCAGAGGGCUGGGUUUCUGGGUGGAAGUCUUAG